GAAACCCUAAAAUCUCCCAGAAUCUUCCUCAUCGUCGAUUUUACCCAAAAAUUUAAAAUUUCGGAAAGCAAUCGAAUUCUAGUAAAGGGGACCAAAUUGAAUUAAGAAGAAAGAGAGGCGCGAUUAUUGAUUGGUUUCUGAAAACCCGAAAAUGCCGGAGAUGGAGCAGCCAAAGAAAGUUGCUGAUAGGUAUCUCAAGCAAGAGGUUCUUGGGCAAGGUACCUAUGGAGUCGUCUUCAAGGCCACUGAUACUAAGACGGAACAAACUGUAGCAAUCAAGAAGAUAAGGCUUGGUAAACAAAGGGAAGGUGUAAAUAUUACAGCUCUCAGGGAAAUCAAAAUGCUCAAAGAGCUUAAGCAUCCUCAUAUAAUUCUGCUCAUUGAUGCAUUUCCUCACAAGGAAAACUUGCAUCUUGUCUUUGAGUUCAUGGAGACUGACCUCGAAGCUGUCAUUCGCGAUUCCAACAUAUUCCUCUCACCCGCUGACAUCAAAUCUUACCUCCUAAUGACAUUUAAAGGACUUGCUUAUUGCCACGAUAAAUGGGUUUUGCACAGGGAUAUGAAGCCAAAUAACUUGUUAAUAGGAGUUGAUGGACAGCUGAAGCUUGCAGAUUUUGGCUUAGCACGUAUAUUUGGUAGUCCAAAUCGUAAAUUUACCCACCAGGUGUUUGCUAGAUGGUACAGAGCACCAGAACUUUUGUUUGGUGCAAAACAAUAUGGUGCUGCAGUUGAUGUUUGGGCCGUUGCCUGCAUAUUCGCCGAACUUCUACUGCGCAGACCAUUUCUUCAGGGAAACAGUGAUAUUGAUCAAUUAAGCAAAAUAUUUGCUGCUUUUGGGACACCAAAAGCAGAUCAGUGGCCGGAUGUAACAAAGCUUCCAGAUUAUGUAGAGUAUCAAUUUGUCCCUGCACCGUCUCUACGUUCUUUAUUCCCAGCAGUUAGUGAAGAUGCUCUCGACUUGUUGUCGAAAAUGUUUACCUAUGACCCAAAGGCCAGAAUUUCCAUAAAGCAGGCUCUGGAACACAGAUACUUCACUUCUGCACCUGCUCCUACUGACCCGGCUAAGCUCCCAAAGCCUGUUCAUAAGCAGGAUGGUAAAUCUUCUUACGGUAAACAUGAGGCCAUUACAGUGCUAUCACCACCACGUAAGCUUAGAAGAGUGAUGCCUGAGCGUGGGAGGGUUGAUAGUUUGAAGGCUCAUGUUGACAAGGAUCAACAAGCACCCAUGUCAUUAGAUUUUACCAUCCUCGCUGAGCGACCUCCAAACCGGCCAACAAUCACCAGUGCUGAUAGAUCUCAUCUGAAGAGAAAACUCGAUCUUGAGUUCCAAUAAGAUUGUUCGUUUUGCACUCUUGCCUCUUCUCUUACCUCCUCCAUUUUCAUGUUCUGGUGAGACCAAAACAUUGGUAAGUUGUCAAUUUACUGCUGCUUGUGUAAGCUGGCGAUUUAUUCUUUUUCAUUUUUAUCUUAAUUACAAACCAGAGGGAUCCUAAAUUCACAAUGAUAAUAUUUCGUUGUCCCAUAGGCUUUAUUCAUUGUAAACUGAUCAUAAUGUACUAUGAAGUCUAUGAUUAUAAAGCUUUCUACUUUUG